UUCCUGCUUCGCACAGAACUGAGCUUUUGCGAACUAUGCCCGAGCCAGCCAAGUCCGCUCCGGCCCCGAAGAAGGGCUCCAAGAAGGCGGUGACCAAGGCGCAGAAGAAGGACGGCAAGAAGCGCAAGCGCAGCCGCAAGGAGAGCUACUCGGUGUACGUGUACAAGGUGCUGAAGCAGGUGCACCCCGACACCGGCAUCUCGUCCAAGGCCAUGGGCAUCAUGAACUCGUUCGUCAACGACAUCUUCGAGCGCAUCGCGGGCGAGGCGUCCCGCCUGGCGCACUACAACAAGCGCUCGACCAUCACGUCCAGGGAGAUCCAGACGGCCGUGCGCCUGCUGCUGCCCGGGGAGCUGGCCAAGCACGCCGUGUCCGAGGGCACCAAGGCCGUCACCAAGUACACCAGCGCCAAGUAAACAGCGACUUCGCUGCCAAUUGAAAACUAAAGGCUCUUUUAAGAGCCACCCAUGUUCUCAAAGAGAGAGCUGCCGCUUGUUUCCAUUCUGUGCUGGCUCCUGGA